AUGUUUAGGUUACGAAAUUUUUUAUUAAAAGAUUUUAAUAAACUUUCAAUUUCUUCAUUGAACAAUAUUCGACAAUUAACAAAUAAUGCGCAAGCAACAUAUAAACCACCAGAAUCAAUUUUAAUCCCAACACCACAAUAUUCAAAUCCAAUAAUAACAAAUCAUAAAGAUGUAAUGAAAGUAAUAAUACUUGAAACACAAUCUAAAACCCCCGAUAGGUUUCAAAUGUUCGCAAAACAUGGUAAAGACAGAAUUCAAGCCGGUGACGUGUUACUAGUAGAAAUGUAUACCUCAAUGUCCUCCGUCAAAAACUCCUCUACUACAAGUACCGGUUCUUCCUCUAAAAGUGGUACAACGGCUUUUGCGGGAGUUUGCAUAUGCAUUAAAAGAAAGGGGGUUGAUACUAAUUUCACCUUAAGAAAUAUCAUAUUAAAAGUUGGAGUGGAACAAAAAUUUUUUAUCAAUUCACCCUUAAUUAAGUCUAUCAAAAUUUUGGCAAGAGGAGAGGGUUUUAGAAGAGCUAAACUAUAUUACUUGAGAGAUCAACCUGGUAAAGCUUUUCAAAUUGGUGGUUUGAUUAAGAAAGAGAGAGAGAAAAGAAAUGCUGAAUUAGCCGCUACCAGCACUAUUUAA